UUUUUAGAGAAGCGGUUUCAUCAAACUCAAAGCAGUCUUUUGCUUUUCAUCAAACUCAUCGUAGAAGUCUUUUGCUUUUCACGGUUCGAUGUAUUGUUUGACUGCUUGUCCUUACUACUACUUGUAUUUACAACUAGCCCGAUAAUCAGUGGUGUACAAUCGAGGGUACUACUUACAUACUAGUAAGCGGUCUCCUCUCUUCCCGUAGUUACAGCGAUCCUCGGUAGAAGUACCCCGUGAUUCGCCAUUUAUUCGACCUCACCAUGGCAUUAUCAGUAACAACUCCGUACAUAAAAACUCGAUCCUACGUUUCACUUUCAUCCUCCUGAACAAUCUCAAAAGCCGCGUCGAAAUGUCUACCGCAGGUACAGCACUCUUGCUGCUGCCCGAGGAUCAACAUAGGCGCAGCGCGCUCUCCGCGGACGCUGUGGUUUUGAAGACCCCCACAGCUUCACCAGGGAGUAACAUCUUGACAUAUGAACACAAUCUACAACAACUGCCCGGAGAUGAACUACAAGUCCUCGGUUUUAACGAAGGUGAAGCGGCGACUGCUCUCGAUGCGCACAAAAAUUUGCCCUCUACCAGUACCAGAACAGCCAUACCAACCUCGCUCCCGCCCUCGGAAGAAGUUCUUCCCCCGCCCCGUGAGCACAGCGUGGCGGCCUCCAACAUAAUCCCAAGACAGGGAACGGCGGGCUCUUUAAGUCCGACCGGAUGGCGGGGCCCGCGGGGAAAUUUCGUCCCCGCCGGGGCCAUGGACCCGUUUUUGAAUGUGCCGCAAUGCGAGGAGACGCUGUUCACCACCACGCCCGGGUUGAUAAACCUGGACACGGGGGCGCCGGACGUGCGGAUUCUGAACCAGGCCACCCGCAUGAUGGCGCAGGCGAGUGCGGAACUGUUGGCAGACCUAGAUGCGUUUGACAGUGCUAGUACAACUUUUGCCGCUACUUCUUGUAGUACGACGACGUCUUCGUGUUCGAAAAUACUAAAGGGCCCGGCGACCUGUUUGCAAUACGGCCCGACGGUGGGCACGUUGUCCUACCGAAAAGAACUGGCGAAGUUUUUGAACGAGCAGUUUGUGGUUCGAACACCAACCACGGGUAAAAUAUCAAAUUCUGCUGUCGAGGAAAAUACAACUGUCACUAUCAACGAAAAAGUGGACCCGAGCGAGCUGUUCGAGACGAAUGGCGCAACCGGCGGCCUUAUCAAAUGCAAAAGUGUCAUCUGGGUCUGGAAGAAUGCCAGACUUGUCAUGCAGAUUUUACAUGACCCAUGAGAUGACGCCUGUAAUGGAUAGCCUGGCAUCACAGAUUUUUAGCGGGCUUCCUGAUGCACCUUCCGCAUGAGAAAUGCCCUGUCCGUGUAGUACAAAUUGCACCCCUCUUGCUGGUCAUGAAAUGCAAAUUUUUUUAGAGUCCAAAAACAGCAUGACAAGAACAAGUUGCAAUCUUCCAGACCCAGACACUUUUGCAGUUGAUAGGCCUGCUUACCGCGAUCUCGGCGUUUUUUCCUCCCGCCCAGGAGGCUCGGGAAGUAGUACUACAUGGGGGUCCUGAUUCUUCUACUAGCGGUGCCCGGGAUGUUGAACAAGCAACUACUUCUACCGGAGCGAGAAGGCGGCUGUGUUUCAUUGAGGACCCGAGCUACUUUCUCGCGCCGAAGAUGCUGACGGAGCAGGGCUUCGAAUUGGUUCCGAUUCCGAUGGAGGAGGAUGGUCUGGACGUUUUUUGGUUGGAAAAAAUGGUCGAGAAGCAUUUAUCAGCGGUAGUUACCAAAAAUUGUAGUGCAACCACAACCACUACCACGUCUAAUACCAAGACGGCGCCCACGUCGGCAACAACAUUAAGACCUCCCGUUGUAGGCGAUGGACCAAAAUCGAAAUCCUCGACGCCGAUGGAAGAUGAAAGCUCCGCAACGUCUUCGGGGAAGAUCAGUAGUCCUCCGAUCAUACCAGCGUCGCCGACCCACUUCGCAGCCAUGGUGUAUUGCAUUCCGUCUUUUCACAACCCAACUGGAUGCGUUCUAUCGGCGGAAAAGAGGGAAAAAUUGCUUUUCCUCGCGCGGAAAUGGAAUUUGCUAAUCUUCUGCGACGACGUCUACGAGCUGCUAAACAACAACAGGAGAAAUCAUAACAUCAGCGGUGCUGAUGUACCUGUCCUCGUCGACACCAGUUGCGUAGCAGUCCAAGAUGAAUCUCGAUCUCCGAAGGAGGGUAGUGGUAGUUGUAGAGACCAUGGUGGUCCCGCAGCGCAAACUCCUGAAACAACCGGACUGACUGAGGACACCAGUGUUCAUCCGGACCCCGCCAGCACCGCUUUUCGUGCUCCUGUCGUUCCGCCCAGGCUGGUUGCGUACGACUACAUUGCCUCGACAGAUGGUAAAAACCAGUACUGUCUAACCCGCGGCGCCAACGUGAUUUCCAAUAACACCUUCUCGAAGAUUCUGGGCCCGGGCGUGCGGUGCGGCUGGAUCGAAGCAGGUCUGUCCCUGAUCGAGAAGCUGUCGCGCACCAAGGCCACCUGCAGCGCCGGCGCGGCCGCGCAGUUUGUCAGUAGCCUCGUGGAGCGGAACUUGCGGUCGGGGCGGCAGGGUCGGUUUUUGGAUGUUGUCCGGGACGAAUUCGAAAAGAGACGAAAUAUCGUGUACACAGUUUUCUACCGGGCCAUGGCGCAGGCCUUGCGGGUGCCCGGCCGGGGCGUGUCGGAGCUGCUGAAUAUUGAUGCGCACAGGAGCGUCAGUGCCGUGGUGGAGGAUGAUUUACUGGCGGAUAUUUCUUCCAACGAUCGAAGGGGAGAAGUGAUUGGUGUAGUGCGAGGGAAACAAGAUCACUCUGUUGCUGCCGUAGCACAUACUUCUAGUGCCGGCGGAGCAAAAAAUGUACUUCCAGUUUUGGAUGAAGCGUCCCUGUCUUCCAUCCCAGUUUCGCCAAGUCUAGAGCGGCAGAUAUCUCUGUCGCUCGACCGGUCGAUUUCUUUUCAAGCGCCGGACCCGCUGGCGCGUUUGCACGCCGAGUGGGAACAGGUGAAGGGGGAGAUGAUGAUGGAGGAACAAGAAGAGAAUCCUACUGAGACAAAAAAAUCAGGCGUCGAAAAAGAAAAGUUCACUCCACCAGAUCGCCGCGGCCCGCCUUUUUCAGGGACGACGGCAGCGAUCGCGUGUUACCAAAACAACCACCAGACGGAGGACGGCAAGGACGACGAAAAGCGCAACAGUGUUUUUGAACAGAUGCCCGGUGAUUCAUUGAACUCGAAAUCCGAAGAAGAGGAGCAGUUUGCGCCAUUCGAGGAUCAAGAAGUAGAUCAUUUUCAACUGGAGCGGUCCCCGCCCACCAACUGGAGCACCACCUCGGGUGGUGCUGUGUCUACUGGCACCGAGUCGGCCUCCCAGUCAGUUGCUUCCUCAGGACGGUCGGGCGCAACAGCUUUUGCGAACCGACCAGUGGUGGAGGAGAGUGCUAUCAGUAAAAGUGGUAGUAGUACUACAAGAACGAUGGACGCCGGUUGUAAAACUAUCAUCAAGAAAACCACCUCUAUGCUGGGGACAACGACAACGACAAGAACAACCACCCGGUCCUCGUCCGCCACCGACCGCGCCCUCGUCGAGAGCCACGGGUUCCGGCUGAAGGGUGGCACACUCGGCGGCAUGUGCGUGUUUUUGGAAUGCAAAGAAAACCUCGACGCGCACCAGUUGCUGGUCAAAUCGCGGUGCGUGGGCGUGAGUUUUAAACCGGGGGAUCUGUUUUCCGUUUCCGGAACGAGUGGUAGAAACUGCCUCCGCAUUGCCGUGGCGCACUACGGGUGUGAGGAAUUGGCCAAGGCGAUGUGGCUGCUGGCGCAGAUGCUCGUGGAUGAGGAGUUUUUGCAGUGAUAUUGUAAUUUUUACACAAUACGGAACACACUUCAAUCCCAAAAUAAGAGCUUCUUUUUUCUUCUCCUUCCUUAUUUCUUUUUCUUCGUUUUUUCGCACACAAUAACCACUGCUACGGGCCUUGAGCGCUAGCGUAAGCCAGUGCCAGGUGGUCGCAGCCUAUCGAUAUGCGACCCGAUUGCCUGUCAGUGUCCAGAAAAAUCCAGCAGCAUACUAUCGGCACAGCUUUGCUGCUGUGAACAUGCCAACAGAAGACGGAAGCGGAAAAAUCCUGUGCGUAGCGUAUCAUGUGCUGGACGGCGACCCCACGCAUCAUGUUUUCUUUGCUAGUGGUACCAAAAU